UAGAGUUAUAUUAAAAAAAACUCGUAAACUAUGUAAAAUUAUACUGGGAAAGAGAGCAGACACCGACAGCGGAGGGAAGUACCGGGAAGGAAGAACCGUCGCCGCCCAGCGACAUGCCAUGGCAGCCAUCGCCGCUCUUCGCCGUCUUCCGCCAACAACGCCUCGCCUCCUCCUGGGCCGCCGCCAUCGCUGGCCACGCGCGCUGCGGUCGCCACGCCGCCGCACUUACCGUCUUCCGCCGCGUUCUCCGAGCCCACCCCGCCGUCGCUGCCUCCGACCAGUUCGCCUAUGCCGCCCUGCUCCGGUGCCGCGACCGCCGCCUCGCGUACCAGAUACAUGCCCAGGCGUGCCGUCGUGGCCUGACCGCCUCCAACCCCGUCCUCGCUUGCUCCCUCCUCAUCUUCUAUGCCGACUGCGAGGAGUGGAACGGCGCCACCAGGGUGUUCAGCGAAAUGCCGUGCCCAGACACCGUGUCCUACACCGCCAUGAUAUCCGCCCUCCUCCGCGCCGGGGACUGCCACGGGGCGCUCGCGCUCUACCCGUGCAUGCUCCCACUUUGCGCACCCACCCAGCACACCUUCUCCAAGCUGCUCGCGCCCUGCGCCUCCAUGCGCUUGCACCGCCACGGCAGCCAGCUCCACGCGCAGCUCCUCCGCUGGGGCUGCUGGGGCCCCCACCUCGGCCUGGUCCUCAAGACCGCGCUCGUCCACAUGUACGCCGCUUGCGGCGCCAUGGUCUCCGCACGCGCCGUGCUCCACGCCACUCCCGAAACCGACGUCGUGCUCUGGACGGCAAUUAUCACCGCCUACACGCGUCGCGGCCAGCUCCAUCGUGCUCUGCUGGCGUUCCGUGACAUGGAACGCUCUGCUGUGCUUCCCAAUGCCUUCACCUACGCAGCGCUCAUCGCCGCCUGCUCCGCGGACCACUCGCUGCACAUCGGACAGCAGCUCCAUGGCCGCCUCUUCAAGUCUGGUCUGGAGCACGACACCUCUGCUUGCAAUGCGCUCCUCGACUUGUACAGCAAGUCCUCCGCACGUUCCCUCGACUUGCUGCUUGCUUUCCACGCGGCUGACAUGCCCAACGUGGUGACCUGGACUUCCUUCAUUGCUGGACUGAUGCGCCAUGGCAGGGAACAAGAGGCGCUUGCGGCAUUUGCUCGUAUGCGGGCUACCGGAGUGAAGCCCAACUCCUUCACCCUGUCCACUCUUCUGAAAGGCUGCACCUCCGCACAUGCAUGUCUGCACGCUGCAAAGAUCCAUGCCUAUGUGCUCAAGACCAGUUCGGAGUCAUUGGACGCGGCUGCCGGAAACUCGUUUGUUGAUGUGUACGCAAGGUCUGCAAGAAUGGAUGACGCGUGGAAGGUGGCUACCACAAUGUCCUUCGUGAGGGACAGAUUCACAUACACAAGCCUGGCCAAAGGGCUGAAUCAGAUGGGGCUUCACCACAGGGCACUCGGCAUGAUACUUCACAUGUUCCACGAGGAGGUUAGUAUCGACGGUUUCAGCCUAGCUUGCUUCCUUUCUGCUGCUGCGACAUUGGCAUCCAUAGAGUCCGGGAAGCAGCUGCACUGCUGUGCAGUGAAAUUGGGAUUGAGCGGUCAGGUAUCUCUCUCCAACAGCCUCAUAAACAUGUACAGCAGGUGCAAGAGUCUGGAGGAUGCUAAGAGUGUUUUCCAGUCAAUCAGGGAACCCAGUGUCGUGUCGUGGAAUGCUAUAAUCUUUGGGAUGGCAUUCAACGGCUCUUACACUGAAGCGUUGUCAGUUUUUGAAGACAUGAUUCUGGCUGGAGCUCAGCCUGAUGGGGUCACUUUCACAGUUGUGCUUUCUGCCUGCAGCCAUGGUGGCUUAGUUGACAUUGGCAUCAAACACUUCAACUCUAUGGCGAAUAUGUUUGAUGUCCCCCCACAAAAGAGCCACUAUACAUUGUUCCUGGAUAUGCUAGGACGAUCAGGCCGCUUUACAGAGGUGGCACACACCAUCGAGGCCAUGCCCGUCCAGCCAGACUUAUCAAUUUACAGGACCCUGCUGGUAUAUUGCAAGUUCCACAAUGAACCGGUGGUUGGUGAAUAUAUUGCCAAGAAGGCACUAGAGUUGGAUCCAUCAGAUUCAGUGUCACGGAAUACACUUUCAGGCAUCCGCCGUGCUCCUCGGAUACAAGAUCAUGACGAACAGAUAUAUUUGUGGGAUGAAGAGGGAUGCAGGCAUCCAAGUUCUGUGCUGCCGAUCAAUUGCUGAAAACCGAGCUUGGGUUCUUGUUAAGUAUUCCCAUGGAAAUGUAAGUAUUUUUUUUUCUGUGCGAUUCUUCAAUCAGAGUAUACGAAAAGGAGCUCCACAUUAAACUUUUUGGGAUGAAAAGAAGGUCAAUUCUGGGUCUGCUUAUUUGUUCUUGCGGAGACACUUCCCUCACAAGAAUUUAUGGAUAUUUCAGUGCACAGAAACCACACAUGUAUGGAGGCAUGAGUCAUCUGACCAGUUUUCUUCUAAAUCUUGUUAAAAAGUUUUAUUCACUGGUUCUAUCAUCUUUGAGCCAUGGAAGCGUUUUUAUUCACUGGUUCUAUCACCUUUGAGCCAUGGAAGCGUUUAUAGAAAUCAUGGGCCUCCAAAAAUGCAAAACCUUACUAUAGCUGGCCAUAAGAAAUAGGUGUUGGACAACUGAUAGAUUGCAAAAGUGUGGCAUGCCCCACCCGGUAGUCUGCCUCCUUUAUGAUCAAGAGCAGGAGACAGUUCAACAUCUUCUAACUACAUGUGUUUUUGCACGUCAGUUCUGGCAUGGCAUUCUAUCAUCUUUUAAUCUAGGAUAUCUUAUUCCUAGUCCUGUGGAGGCCUCCUUUGCAGAGUGGUGGGGAGGAGUGAUCAAUCAGAUCCAUAAAGACAAGAAGAAGGGCUUCAACAUUGCUAUCAUCCUUGGGGCAUUGUGCCUUUGAUUUCAUAGGAACCGGGUGAUCUUCCAUGAGGAGUCCCCUUUCAUUGUGAAGGUGUUAAGAUCCUUCCUUGAUGAGCUCGCUUGCUGGGUUCUAGCCGAGGCCAAGCAGUUAGGGAGCAUUAAUUUGGUUGACCAUGUUUGUGCUUUGUAAGCGUUGGGGUCUGCGUGGCAGGUCUCCCUGUCUUGGUGUGUGCUUUAGAAGAGUGUGUGUGGUUGAGUGUGUGUUUGUGUUCUGUACUUUUGCCCUUCGUGGGUGUUUUUCUUUUCUCUAAUAUAUAAAGAUGCACAGUCCUCCUGCGCGUUCGAGAAAAAAACCACACAUGAUACAUUCUAUGAAAUUGAUUAUACACCUUUGACGUCACAACCUUCUAUGCCAACGGCAGAAUAUGGCACUUGCCAUUUUCACCUACUCAGUUAGCCAAUAGCAAAUAAUCAUUAAUCUCAUAUAACAAAGUUUAUUUGGGUUUCUAAUUUCUAUGCUAAGAUACUUAGAUGUCAGAUGCUCUGAUUGUUGCUUCUUCCCACAAAAAAACCAUUCUGUUCACUGCAGUCGAUUUUCAAUCUCAAAUCACGAUAUAGUAAGAUAUAGAAAGCUAGCACUAUAAUUUUUGCCAGAAAGUGGUCUAAAACAUAACACUUUUCUACCUUUCAUGUGAACUGUACUGCUCAAUGUAGUACAUUAUCUCCUAUUCUCCUUUAAAGGACACAUAGUCACAUUCAUUACACAACGCUAGCACAUACUUCCUCCAUCCCAGUAUAUAAGGUGUAACCACAUCUGGUUUAAAGACUGAGAAAUGUAUUUAUUCUCUAUACUACUACAUCAAUGUAAACAUGUUUAGAGAGAGACGCUUUAUAUUGUAGGUGUUAUGGGCCGCAGAUGGCUGCGAGGAUUUGACGGCGACAGCUAGGGUUAGAGGCACUAGGGAUGCCGGCCGCAGGGCUUUACCCACGUUCGACAAGAGAGAAGGGAUUUCCUUCUAAUCUCUUGCUUACCUUCAAUUGAUACAAUCCUUCUCCUUCUAUAGAGUGUUACUUGACCUCUGAGCACUAGAUCUAAUCUUAUCUCUAAUUAUAAUCUUAUCCCAAACUAGCCUUAUCUUUAUCUAACCUAUCUGAGGGGCCCUGGCAGUGGGACUAGAAUGAAAAGUGGUUACACCUUAUGUACUAGGACGGAAGUAGUAUUAUAUAACAGUAGAAACAACAAUUAACCAUUAUUGGGAAAUUCUUUUUUUUGAAAAAAAUGGCAGGAGCUCUACCUAAUCAUUACAAGGAGAGUGUUUAGAAAACACAUUGUACAGGUCCGAGGACCGAGACAAGACAGACUAGCAAACACAACAUGAGGAACGCUCCCAACAGACCCGCACAAAGCAGUUAAACCACUGCAGCAGCCCUAAUACUGGGGGAACAUAGCUCUCUUGAAAGUUAACACAUCCUCUUUAAUCCUCAAGGCUAAUUGGAUAGGGGUGAGGGCGCUGUUUUCAAAUAUCCUCCGGUUUCUCUCCUUCCAGAUAUUCACAGGGUGUAUAUCAUGAGGCCGUUGAAGUCACGCUUUUGGUUAUUUGGGAGCGGGGAGGAUUUAGCUUCCCACCAGUCUUUUAUGCUAGAGAAGUGAGCAGGGUCAGCCUAGGCCGGGAGGCUCAAGCCCUCCCAAACUAGAAUCUGAUGCCACACCGCACGGGCAAAAGGGCAUUGCAAACAGAGGUGGGGGCUGGUCUCCAAGGGACCAUUGCAGAGGGAGCGGUUUGGUUGGUGCGGCCAACCCCAAGUGACAAGAUUGUUAGCAGUAAGGAGCUUGUCCUGUAGAAGAAUCCAAGCAAAAACCUUGCACUUUUGCUCUGCCUGUGCCCGCCAGACAAAACCAGAAUUAAUGUGGUUGUACGAUCCGAUGAAUUCCGCGUUGUAGGCUGAUUUUACCGUGAAGACACCGUCAGGGUUCCAUUUCCAGGUAAUGGAGUCCAACACCUGUGGUUGAAGGUGGAAAUCAUGGAGUCUAAUCUAGAGGGAGACGAAUUCCUCGAUCUGAACCAUGGAGGUAAUCUUGCUUCUCAACGACCUGAUCCAAUUCCCGUCAUUGAUUUCAUUAGCAACCGACUUGUUCUUUCUUGAGACUAGCUCGAAGAGGUGUGGUGCUAGGUUUCUUGGCACCAUGUCAUCAAGCCAACUGUCAUGCCAGAAUUUGGCUGUCUUGCCAUCUCCAACGGUGACGAUGGUGGAGGCGCUAAAGAGGAGCCUUCCGUAAGGUUACAAGGCACAUCAAACCCUUUCCAAGGGUGAUCCUCUCCUGUCCAGCUCUUCCAAAGCCAUCUUAGCCGGAGGGCGCAGCUGAAUUUGUCGAGGUUGAGGAUGCCCAGACCGCCAAGGGCUUUGGGCUUGCUGACUAGCGGCCAAGCCAUAUGACAAUGACCUUCAUUUGAUUCAACCUUUCCUUUCCAAAGGAAGGAGCGGCGGAUCCUGUCGAUGCGUUUACGGGCCCAUGUCGCGAGGGGAAAGACCGACAAGUGGUAUGUGGGCAUAGUGGACAUGACGGAAGACAUAAGCGUGAGACGGCCAGCCCGAUUUAGCAUGCUUCCUUUCCAUCCGGCCAAGCGGUUCCCGAUUUUCUCGAUCAGAGGUUGGACAUGAAUUCUCUAGAGCGCCCGGGUGUGAAGUUGGAGGCUAAGGUAACGGCACGGGAAGGUCCCCCGGGUCCCUUGGAACGGCUGGAGCAUGUGGUCUAGGUCAGUGUUUUCACAUCUUAGCGGGUGGAUAGAGCUCUUCUCAAGGUUAGUGACCAAGCCCGAGGCACAUCCAAAAGCGUGUUGGAUGUCUUUGACCGCCAGGAGGUCUUCUCUAGAGGGGUUGAUAAAGAUAGCAGCGUCAUCAUCAUAGAGAGAAGUCCUUAGUUUUGCUGUAGUUAGCGAAACGGGGGAAAGGAUCCCAUUUCUGGCUGCAAGGUCCAGGAUACGCUGCAGCGGAUCAAUGGCGAGGAUGAACAACAUAGGGGAAAGGGGGUCUCGCUGCCUAACACCUCUCCUGUGCUGGAUGGUUGCUCUUUAUCGGCCAUUGAGGAUGGCUCGAGACGAGACAGACCCAAAAAGGAUGGAAAUCCACUCACGCCAACGAGGGCCAAAACCCAUGGUCUGGAUAGUCCUGAAAGUUUGGGCCGUGCCCAAUGGGCCGGCCCGAGCACGGCCCGCAAAAAAUGAAAAAAGCACGGCCCGACACGGCUGAUUUAAAAACGGGCUAGCACGGCACGAAUCGCGUGCUGGGCCGUGCUCCAAAUGUUGGCCCGUCGUGCUAUGAGGCCCGGCACGUCGCUGUGGGCCGGGUUCGUGCCGGCCCGGCACGAAACAGCACGUUUUCUCCACCGCACACCCAGUCACAGGCUCACUCAGUCUACCGGCUACCGCACGCGAUUAGGGUUUCCUGUUUCCUAUCACUUCGCUCCACCGGCCGCCGCAAUCCAUUCAUCUACUACACGCCCAGCCGCCCAGCUUGCUGCUCGCCUGCUCCUACGCCCAGCGGCCUGCUCCUACGCCCAGCGGCCAACAGUGGAUGUGGAUGAGUGCACGAGCUCCCGACGGCCAACGCCUUUCUUUCUCUCGUACUCCCGACGACCAGCAGCGGAUGUCGGAUGAGAUCCUGCGCAGCCGCUCGGCUGGACUUCUGGAGACCGCUGGGCGCUGGGCGCUGGAGCGCAGCCGCAGUCCGCAGCGUCCACGAGCUGGACUGCUGGAGCGCACGCACUGCGCAGCCGCAGGCGCAGCGUCCACGGCGACACCUUCUCCGUCUGCGUCGCGUCUUGGACUCUGCGUCCUCUGUGUGCUGCGUGCCGUGCCUGGGCCAGCACGGCCCGAUGGAAGCCCGCCGUGCUUUAGGGCCGUGCUGGGCCUUAUUUCUACUCACCAGGCCCGGUAAAGCACGGCCCGAUUUUAUUUCGUGCUUGUUAGGCCCGACUAACUAAGGCCCGAAGCACGGUGGGUUCGUGCCGGGCCGGCACGGCACGGCCCAAGUUGCAGCACUAGGUCUGGAGGACUUCCAGGAGAUAUCCCCAAUUAACUGUGUCGAAAGCCUUCUGGAUGUCAAGCUUCAGGAAGAGCGUCGGAUUUUUCUGCUUAUGUAGUCUUCUAACUACGUUAUGCACAUAAAGGAAGUUGUCUUGUAUACAUCUUUUAUGGAUGAAGGCACUUUGUGAUUUGGAGAUUAGAGUGUUGAGGAGCGGGGCCAGCCGGUUAGCAAGCAGUUUGGAGAAGAUUUUUGCUAUGUUGUGUAUCAAACUGAUGGGGCAGUAGUUACCCACUGUCAAAGCAUCCGUCUUCUUAGGGAUAAGCACGAUGUUGGCAGAGUUGAGUAAUUUAAAAUCCGCCCCAUUCAUGCUAUGAAGUUGGUGAAAAGCCUCAAGAACGUCCUCCUUGAUGAUAUCCCAGCAUACUUUGAAGAAUAAACCUGUAAAACCAUCCGGGCCUGGUGCUUUGUCACUCGGCAUUGAGAAGAUUGUUUCCUUUAUUUCUUCGAGGGAGAACGACGCUUCUAGCGAUGAGAGGUCAUGCUGCGCUAAAGCUAGAGCCGGCUAGUUGAGGGUGAUCCCUCUCUCCGGGGCUGUCCCUAGGUGAGAUUUAAAGUGUUCAUGAAUGGUCUUUUCUUUUUCCUCAUGGGCUACCACUAAGUUUCCCAUUGGGGGCGGCAGACAAUGGAUGAAGUUCUUACGCGCUCUGGAGCUAGCAGAGAGGUGGAAGAACUUAGUGUUUGCGUCGCCCAACCUAAUGCGAGUGAGGCGAGCCCUUUGACGGAUCCUCGAUUUUUCAAUUACAGCAAGUCCCAAGGCUCUGACUUUGAGUGCCUUCAGGAGAUCCAGUUCCUCUUGGGUGAGCACACACUCCUCUUGAGCAAUUUCAAAUCAGAGGAUUAAUUCUUUGGAAAUUGCAAGUUGUAAUCUCGUGUCUCCCACUUUGGUCUUGCGCCAUAGUUUGAUGGCCUUUGCUGCACGCGCUAAUUUGAUAUGAAGGCGCUUCAGGGGUGCAAAGGAAGAAUGAAGCGGUUUCAGCCAGGCAGCUUGAACAGCCUCCUUGAAUCCCUCCAUCUUUACUCAAAAAUUUUCAAAACGGAAAGAGGGGCUAUGUGUCGUCGUCAAUUCUCCCUGGAGAAGCAGAGUGUGGCCAGACAUGAGGGAGGGAAGGGAGUGCAGAUAGCAGCUAGGAAAAUGCAGCUCCCAUUCCGUUGUACAGAAGAAUCUGUCAAUUCUUGUUAGCAUUGGAUUUACUUGCCCGUUGCUCCAAGUGAAGCGGCGACCAUUGAGGUGGAUUUCCUUCAUCUGUAGGCUGUCCAACGCUGAUUUGAACGCGCCCAUGAGGCGUCGAUUCAAGUUACAAUUAUUUUUAUCCGAGGCUUGAUAUAUGAGAUUGAAAUCUCCUAACGCCAACCACUUUGUCCAACGUUGUGCUCCACUUAGUUCUUGAAGAAAAACAAGUUUCUCAGCGCCCAACUGUGGCCCAUAAACCCAUGUGAUCCACCAAGCUGAAUUGUCUGCCUUCAUAGUGAUCAAGGCCGAGACAGUGUGUGAGGUGGUGUACACUUGCGAAAGUGAGAAAAAAUCAUUCGAAGCUGCAAGCAGAAUCCCACCCCUAGAUCCAUUUGCAGGCAGCAUAGCAGUGUUGUUAAAAAAUUUCUGACCCAAGGUGCGAAGGAUGGUUGCAUCGUCGAUUGUAGCGAGUUUAGUCUCCUGCAAGCAAACAAUGGUACUACCAGUAUCCCGGACCAGUUCCUGUACAGAAUCACGCCUAGCCACUUCAUUGAGCCCACGCAGAUUCCAGCUCAAAAUUUGCAGUUAUGUUGAGACAUCGGUAGACAGCUGAGACCCAAGAUAAAACAAACCAAGCCAAGGAAGUGGCAAAUUAAUUCCAUUACACUCGAAACAGAUCCAGAACAGGGGGUACUGGCAUGAACCUUGAAGUUCCCAGAACACUGCAGAUAGUAGACAGACAAGCACAUGUGACGACGAACGACGACGGCUAAGCUGAGUGGUCCAGCAGAAUCGCAGCAAUUGAAGGCCCCUGGCUGCUGCCGUGAUUCUGGACCACCGGACAAAUUGGUGGUGCAGAUAUAACAUGACACAUCCUGCACAAAAGAACGAAGAAGUGCUACACAGAGCGUGGCUGACCGCAUGCCUUAACCCUGUGCCGCAGGGCCCUGUGGUGGAAGGAUUCCGCAGAGGUCCAUCAGCGCUUGCAGCACCAAGGACGACAACGGGCCCUUGAAGAGGUUGAUGCAGGUCUCCAGCGCGGCACUUGCAGCAACCUGAUCAGACGGCUGGCCUUCCUUAGGCAGCAAGCCCAGGCGCUUCAGCAGGACCUGGCGCGCGCGUUCCUGGAUGUUCCCACAUGGCCAUGCGAUCGCCGCCAGCCGCAUGCUCCUGCGGGUCGGCCUGGACUCUUGCUUCUUCUUUUUCUUCAGGUUUGGUGGCGCUUGAUGGAGCUCCUGGAGCAGCGGUGGUGCAGCAGGGCAGGUGUGGUUGCUGAUGAAGGAUGCCACAGUGGUAGGGGCCGGCUCCCCUAGCUCUGGGAAAGCAGUUGUAGCCUGUUGAGCGUUCUCCAUGCCGAUUAUAGGAGUGGGUUAUCUCAGGGUGAGGGUUGGACGAGCGGGGCGAGGAGGAGCCGUGCUGCUGCUCGGCUGGAGAACUCGGCAAAAGGCAAGGAACAAUUCCUUUUUCUUAGAUUGAUCAAUGCAUACAUUACUCAUUACACGGAUGGGAAUAUAUAUCCCUGCUGAACAGAAAACCUAAUGGCCUAACAAACUGGCCUUGAUUUAAGGACUCCUAUUUCUGUUGCAACAAACCUGCAGCAAACUCUCCUAUUUCUGUUGCAACAAACCUGCAACAGACUCAAUCUGAACUGGUUUCUAUUGUGUCCCGGUUAACUGGCCCUUUUGGCCUCCUACUAUACACCUUACCCGUCAUAACAUAACCAGUAUCACAUUAUAUGAAAAGUUUGACCACGGAGUCUCCCCAUAGCACAUCUGGUUCUCAUGGGCUGGUUGCUUCUCGCCUAUUCCUGAUGUUACUGGUAAUUCACCAAUAGAUAUUUUUCAAUGAAGGACGUUUUUUUUAGCUCAUUGCAUCGAGUUAACAAUUAACAUACUAAUAGACCAAUCUUUGCAAAUUUAUUGUUCUGAAUUUCAGUCAGUUAAGCUCUUUACAUAAGCCGUUUAUAUAGGUUAUACAAGAUGUGUAGCACCAUACUCAAUCCUCGACCCACAUAUGUCCAAAA